AUUUACACUCUCUCGAAGCUCAUUCACACUCUCCUGUUGCGGAUUAAGUUCAUCGUCUCCAACAUGACUUUUGAAGAGGUCCUGGUUCAGAGCGCCCCCGAGCUCGCCCAUGGGUGCACUGGCAAAUCCCUGGAGGAGGUCCUGGUGUCCGCUAAACACAACGACUCCCUCACGGUUGGGGUGUACGAGUGCGCCAAAGUUAUGAAUUUAGAUCCGGACAGCGUGUCUUUCUGCGUCCUGGCCAUGGACGAGGGGUUUGAGUGGGACAUCGCUCUUCAGAUCCACUUCACCCUCAUCCAGUCCUUCUGUUUCGAUAAUAACAUCAGCAUAGUCAGAGUGAGUGACAUGCAGCGCCUGGCUGACAUUGUUGGAGACAAGGCGGCGCAGCUGGAAGAUGCGCACUGCGUCCUCAUCACGAACCCAGCCGAUGAGUCUUGGGAGGAUCCUGCUCUGGAGAAGCUGCACCUGUUCUGUGAGGAGAGCCACCGUCUCAAUGACUGGGUUCCUGAGAUCAGCCUCCCCGAGCGUUGAUCUUAGACUCCACUUGAGACCUCACUUUGCUCAUCUGGAAAUACUCAUCCUGGUGAAAAACAGGAUGAUCCUGUUUCUUCUCAUCCCUGGAUACUCCUGAGGAGGAUUCCCGUCCAGGCAGCACGGCGCCGGCCCGAGGGGCCCCCGUGAACCGUCGCCUCUUGUCCCGUCCAUGCCAAGAUGACUCUCAUUCUUUAUGUGAACGAGGUCGGGCAUGCCACAAGAGCGACACAUCGACCCUCAUUCUUUGUGCGGAUGAGGUCUGGAGAGGAAGGAGAAGCGAAUUCUGCAUCCUGUGGUCCCACAGAGCAAAUGUCGCAAGUUGAAGCACGCGCAGCAGGAGAAGAAGCGGUGCUGAGAAAGAGGCCUUCUUAAAAAGAGACUUUUUAAAAGGUGUCCUCUUUGCUGAGCAACAUAACAGCAGUUGCAGUCAGUGAAAAUGUUUCCCACUUUCCAGAAUUGUCUUAAUUGUCUAAAGGUUUCACUUUAGAAAUUUAAAAAUGACACAAUAUUGAAAAAUUGAAAUGAAAAAAAAACUUGAAAAAGAAAAAUGCAUUCUGUCUAAAGGUUUCACUUUAGAAAUUAAAAAAUGACACAAUAUUGAAAAAUUGAAAUGAAAAAAAAAAACCUGAAAAAAGAAAAAUCGAUGUCUAAAGGUUUCACUUUAGAAAUAUAUCAAUGACAAAAUAUUCAAAAAAUUAAAAAAAGUGUUUUGCCUAAAGGUUUCACUUUAGAAAAUGACAUUAAAUUAUUGUAAACAUUAAUAUUUUGUUUAGCUACCCAAUAAGUCUCUAUAUUCUGAAUAGUCUAUACAAUUGUUUAGAAAUUAAAAUUGUGUUUUGAUCUUGUUGGAAAAAUACUGGAAAUAAACUGAUAUUUGUUUUAACAGUUUCACAAAGACAUAAACGAAACUGUAAGUGAAAAGU